AAAUAUGUGUGUGAAUCAGAAUGAUCAGACUGAACGAGUCGAGGGAGACGGUGCUGAGGGACAAAACCCCUGAGAUGGCAGUGGGAAGAAACCUGAGAGUGGUGAUGGUGAAGCCUCAUUUAGGUGUUUAGGCUCCCAAACAAUAGUUUCUCCAAAAGGUUCAUUUGAUGAAGCUUCAUUCAAGGACUCAUUGUACUGCCAUCUAGUGGACAAAUUUUAUGGGUGUAUGACUGCAGUCACGAGUCCUCAGAGAACAGCUGUCUGCAUCGGAACAGAGGACAGGAGUGUCUUCAUGAAUGAACCCAUAAACGAGUCUCAGUCAGGAGUUUUAAGCUCACCUGGGUUUUAUACUGGAAUCGAAAUUCUGUAAAGAAACUCGAAGAAGCUUUAAAGGCUGUAGAGGAGGGUGAUGGAGGCUGGUCCUGUGCGACGGCUGCUAGCUGUGUCCUCAAGAGGCGGGCCCCAGGUGGAAGAAGUGGGCGGGGUCAGGGUCCCUGAAUCUCAGGUGGAGCUGAAGCUCGUCCAAUCAGGAUCGGAGGCAGGCUCGGAGGCGGACCUUAAUAACGACGUCAGAACGCUGAUGCUACGACAACGACGGAGUCGGAGGAAAGCUGUAGUGUAUCUCACACUGACCGGACUGCUGAUAUUCACUACAGCGUUCCUGCUGGGGUACGUGUCGUCUCGCAGUACGUGUCCCCUCUGUGUGGACGAGGGCGAGCUGGUGCUUGUCGAUGACACGGCUGGACCGGACCAUGCUCCAAAGACAGGGGGGAUGUAUCUGGGGGAGCUGAGGGACAUGCUGAAGAAAUACCUGCAGGAGGAGAAGAUCGAGGACACCGUCAGGCGAGUGAGCAGGACGUCUCACCCUGCGGGAUCCUCAGAGGGACACGAUUUAGCCAUGGAGAUCCUGAAGAGCUUCCAGGACCUUCACAUGGACCACACCUGGACCGACUCCCACUACGCCACACUGCAGUUCCCCUCCAGGACGCAGACGAACGCGCUGUGGUUGGUUGAUGCUGAGGGGGCGGAGCUUGAGGAGAUUCUCCUAGACAGUGCUGAUUACUGCGCAUACAGUGCCACAGGAACAGCCACGGGAGGUGUGGUUUACGUGAAUUAUGCCCGCCAGGAAGACUUUGAUCAGCUGAAGGAGAUGGGCGUGGCUCUGAAUGGCUCCAUUGCUAUAGCCAGGGUCGGAGGGGGCGUGAGUUUCGCUGAGAAGGUGUGGCAUGCGCAGGAGGCGGGACACGUGGGCGUCCUCAUUUACCCUGACCCUGCCGACAUUCCCCAGAAUCCACGGCGGCUCGGGCUCCAUAGCAACGCUGCUAUCUCCGAACAUGUGCAUUUGGGAUCAGGUGAUCCCUUCACCCCUGGAUUCCCCUCCUUUAAUCACACCCAGUUCCCGCCCAUCCAGUCCUCCGGACUGCCAGUCAUCUUGGCUCAGCCAAUCAGUGCCAAUGUGGCUUCUAAACUGCUCAGUCAGCUGUCGGGCGUGGCGUGCCCGCGGGGGUGGAGUGGGCGUCUCCCGUACGUACGCUGCGUUCUGGGUCCUCAGUUUUCAGCAGCAGACGGUCGGAAGGUAAAGAUGGCCGUCUAUAACACCAUGAACUCUGUCCUGCUCAACAACAUUUUCGCCUCCAUCGAGGGCAAAGUCGAGCCUGAUCAGUAUAUAAUAAUGGGGGCCCAGAGGGACUCAUGGGGUCCAGGAGCCGUUAAGUCCGGUGUAGGAACAGCAAUCCUGCUGGAACUCGCACGUGCUUUCAGUACCAUGGUGCAGAAUGGGUUUUCUCCCAGACGCAGUUUGCUCUUCGUCAGCUGGGAUGCCGGAGAGUUUGGAAAUGUGGGCGCCACCGAGUGGCUGGAGGGUUACCUGUCCAUGUUACACCUGAAGGCCGUGACCUACUUCAGUCUCGACCAGGCAGUCAUGGGUGAUGAUACUUUCUCUGUGUAUAUGAGUCCCCUGCUUGCCGACCUCAUUGAAGGAGCCAUUAAACAGGUUGAACACCCGAAGCAUGUGGGUCAGUCCAUCAUGUCUGUGGCUGAAGGUCAGGGCGGGUGGAGGAGAAGAGUGAAGCCGCUGUAUCUGAACAGUGGUGCGUACAGUUUCACAGCGUUCGGUGGUGUUCCUGCCAUGGAGCUGCGCUUUCAUGAGGAGGGCCACGUGUACCCGUUUGUGAACACACAGCUGGACAGUGUGUUGCGUCUGCAGGAGCGCGUGCAGGGCCGUGUGUGUUUGGUGGGCCGGGCCGUGGCCGAGCUGGUGGGCCUGAUGGUGCUGAGACUCGCUCACGAUCACAUCGUCGCUCUGGACAUCACACACUACAGCAGCACCGCGCUCAAACUCAGCGCCCUGCUCACACAGCUGUCUGCAGAGCUACAGGUGCGGGGUCUGUCCCCUCAGUGGGUGUACACUGCGAGAGGAGAUUACAGCCGAGCCGCUAAAACCCUGCAGGAGGCCAUAAAGAACACAGACAUACAGGACGAGAGGAUGACACGCCUCUAUAACACACGCCUCAUGAGGGUGGAGUACUACUUCCUGUCUCAGUACGUGUCUGUGAUGGAGACGCCGUUCCGUCACGUGCUGCACGGUCGCGGUGAACACACCCUGAGCGCGCUCACUGAGCACCUCUCGCGGCUGCGCUCUCAUCCUCACCUGUUCCACGAAGCUCGCUUCCGCCGCCAGCUCGCGCUCUUCACCUGGACGCUGCAGGGCGCGGCCAACGCGCUGAGCGGGGACGUCUGGAACAUCGACAACCAGUUCUAGAACUACAAACCGUUCAGGACUCUUCUUCACCUGGCGUUACUCUAGAACCUGAAAAUCCCCGUCAGAAUAUCUGUGGAGAACCAGAGAACGUUCACGAUCCAGUCUGAAAGCUCCACGCUCUCUCAACACCGUUCCAGUCCCAUUCUAGAACGUUCCAUAGGCUACGCAUCUGCAUAACUCCCUGUGGAAGCUGCACAGGCAGAACUUUUGAGGUGCACACGUACCCCGGCCAGACGCCAUUCUAGAACCUUCAGUGCCUGUUUUGGAAGCUACACUUCCUCCUCCUCGUUCUAGAACAUUUAGUGCGUCCACAGCAUGCACCAGAACGCUUUUUCACUCUAGAACCGACUCUAGAGCAGUUAGAACCCAGGGUUUCUUUUAAUAACUUUAUAAACAGGAGUUAGGUGUGUGUGUGUGUGUGUGUGUUUAAUUAAUGAUUAAUUGACAUCUUUAUUACUAAGUGAUAGUGUCGUUAACAGAAGCAGUAAUGAUGAAGAGCAGCGUCUCUCAUGAUUAUGACAGUCAUACUGUCGUCCAAUCAAAAGCAGCAACUGCUAUCAGUCAUCCUUUUGAUGUAGCCACGCCCCAGGACUGUGACAUCCCGGCUUCUGUUUAAUCAGUAAUAAUGAGAUCGCCGGGGUGACAUCAAUCCCCCUCUCCGUGUGUGUGUGUGUGUGUGUGUGUGUGUGUGUGUGAGUCUGAUGAUGUGUGUUUGACGUUUUACACACACAAGGAUCUCACUAUCUCACUCACUCACUCAUCAUCCUGUGUUCAGGGUCGCGUGGGCGGAGUCUAUCCCAGGAGAUCCCAUGGGGCACGAGGUGGGGUACACCCUGGAUAGGGUGCCAAUCCAUCGCAGGGCGCACACACACACACACACACACACACACACACACACACACUCACACUCACAUGCUCGUUCACACACAAUGGGCAAUUUGUGAACACCAAUUAGCCUAUAAAUAAAUAAAACUAAAUUAGCCUAACCUGCAUAUCUUUGGACUGUGGGAGGAAACCAGAGUACCCGGAGGAAACCCACAAGGAUAAA